GGUCGCCGAGGCCCCGACAGUUGGCGUCUCGCUGACCAGCCCGCGGACCCUAAGCACCGCCGCGCUCUCCUGCGAGCUCCCGGGAGGGGUGCCUCGGCCUCUCCAGGUCGGUCAGCGAGGGUCACCACGGAGAGCCCGACCCAGCGGGAACAGGGUGCCGGUGACCACCUGAGUGAAUGGACUGGAGUGACUGGGAUGUCUCCAACUGGUUAAGACAUGGAAAAAGAGGAAACCAUUGCUUCCCAGCAAAAAGAAUAAGAAGACAGUAAGAAGAUCGAUCUUACAUUCCCUUUUUAAGAGAAAGAAAAAGUGGGGGGUGCAGUUUUGAAUAUAAUCAAAUGGAAUGAUGAAAUAAUCGGUAAUAAGACUUCUGUAGCCAUGGCUAGUUCUAAUAUGAAGCCGAAAUCAAUAAGUCAUGCCAAAAAAUGGUCAGAAGAGAUAGAAAAUCUAUACAGAUUUCAACAAGCAGGAUAUCGGGAUGAAAUUGAAUAUAAACAAGUGAAACAAGUUUCUAUGGUAGAUCGUUGGCCGGAGACGGGAUACGUGAAGAAACUUCAGAGAAAGGACAAUACUUUCUAUUACUACAACAAACAGAGGGAAUGUGAUGACAAGGAAGUUCACAAAGUGAAAAUUUAUGCUUACUAGUCUUUGCUCUUCUGAUCUCAUCCCUACUUUUUAAGAAUUCAUUGUUCUGUUCUACAUCAUGUAAAUGUCACUUCACAAAAUAAUUCAAAAUGCAGACUGCAGUUGAAUGUUUUGAAACACAAAAGCCAUGAAACCUGGUAUCAAUCAUCCUGAUCUUUUCCAAAAAUAUAAUUGGAGAAGCAUUAAAGUUGUGCCCGUCUUGGU